UGCAAAGGAUACAAAUAUUGUAUAAUUAUAUGAUAUAUAAUAUCAAGCAACAGUUAUAGGUUGCAGUAAGUUCAGUGGUUGGCUUAGUCCAGUUGUGUGAUCAUGGCUUUGGCAGAGGUGGAUGAGUUAUGGAGUCUUAUUGCAGCAGGAAGGAACGAUCUCCUGUACCGUUCCUUAGAGCAGCGGGGUUGGAUCAGUCUGCUGCUAAAACUGCUCUUUAACUUGUCCAGUGUGCUAUGGAGGGGGUGGGAGGGGUUGUCCCUGAUUGCCAGCAGUUUUGAGAGAGAAGCUAGACUGGGACUACGAGUGUGUCAGGGAGACCUGCAGGAGGCCGCCAUCCAGAUCAGCAACCGUCGCCAGGAGCGUCAGGAGCUUAUGCAGAGGGAGCAGCAGAAGAAGAAGACGAGGAUGGAGGCCAUUUCCACCCUGGCUGAGCUGGGAUACUCCAGGAGAGACGCUGCCAGAGCUCUGCACCACACCAACGGAAACGUGGACAAAGCUUACACCAUCCUGCUGGACUCCAGUCAGGCUGCUCAGGCCACCAACAACAACACAGAGGGGAUGAUCAGUCCGGAGAAGGUGGAGCAGUUGCUGUAUUUGGGUUUCGAGCGAGAAUCGUCUGAAGCAGCGCUCCAACUGACGGACGGCAACGUCCAAGCAGCGACUCAGCUCCUGCUGGACAACCAGGGCGUCCUUUCUCCGGACCUCCUGUCCCCGCCAUCCACCUCCACCUCCUCCUCCUCCUCGCCGUCCUCUGAGGAGCCCAGCACCUCCUCCAGCUCCCCAGAGGAAAAUGAGCUGGUUAACGAGGUGUUGGAGGACAUUCCUCGUCAUGAGGAAGAUUAUCUGGACUUGACGCUGGAGGAGGAGAGCGAGCUCAUCGCCACCAUGAAGACAUAUCUGAACCGAGAGCCCACGCACACAGUUUGACCCAGACACCUUGGACUUAAAUUAACCUUGUUCUGCUCUAAAAUGAACAUCAAGGGUUCUUCUCUGGUUUCUUAUGGAUUGAUGAUACUAAUAUUUUUCCUUUAUUACUGAUAACAAUACAGAUACUUUCAGCCCCUUAAAGGAAAAUG